GGAGAGUCCGUUUAAAUACAGGCCGCGCCGAGCGCGCUCCUUCAGUCCGGCAUCGGCUACGGCACGCAAUCCGAUUCUCUCUUCUUGCGAGCGGCGCAGCGCGACAGACACCAUCGUACAUAUACGCCAUUAUAAAACAAUAAAUACACCGUACGAUAUCGCGGCCAUUGAUUAUUAAUUUCCAACGACGAGCGCAUAAUUAAUCGAAUAAAUCGAGCUCGUUGCAUUGGAGUCGAGUCGCGUACGGAUGCACUUGCAGCUCGACGAGGAGAAGCAGCCGCGCCGCGUGGACUUUUUAUCGGAUCGCGUAACCCGUUUGAUGGCUUCAUACACGAGUCGCCUGUGAUUGUGCACCAAAACUUCUCUGGAUACAUCGCUAUGUGCAAGUGCUAAACGGGCUUGUGCCGCUGCAAAUUUUUGACUUUCCUGCUCAGAGCUGUCGAUCGAGCAAAGAAGAUAUAUAUUGGAUAAAAUAAAAUCGUGGCAAGAUGACGAACAGCAUGAAGCAAACUGUCAUCAAAAAUCCGACAUGGUGGAAGAGGCGCUCCUCCUUGGAGCGAGGACUAACGGUCGUCGCCGUCUGCGCCGUUCUGGCAGCAAUUGGACUCGCCAUCGGCCUCGUCGUUAUAGCCGUGAAUUCUGAAACCUGCAAAACUGCAAUGAGAGCGGAACCUCUGCUGGGAAGCCAAAGGGCCAACUCGAAGAAGCACGUGCAAAUCGUUGAGAAGCCAGCUGAGUCCAAUAUAUGCUUCACUCCCGGAUGCAUACACACAGCUUCGUCGAUCCUGGAGAACAUGGAUCAAGACGUCGAUCCAUGCGACGAUUUCUAUCGUUUCACGUGCGGCAAAUUUUUAAAAUCCACCAUCAUACCCGACGAUAAGACCGGCGUCAACACAUUCACCAUCAUCGAUGACAAACUGCAAAAGCAGCUUAGAAGCAUCAUCGAGGAGCCCAGCACACCUAACGAGGCCAGGCCUUUCAAGCUCGCGAAGAACUUUUAUAAAGCCUGCAUGAACAAAACUGCGAUAGAAAAUCAAGGACUGCAGACAGUUCACAAAAUCCUCAAGGAACUGGGUGGUUGGCCCGUACUGAUGGGCGACGAGUGGAGCGACGGUGAUUUCUCCUGGAAGGAAUCAGUUUACAAGUUCUACAAGGCUGGUUUCGCCAACGACUACUUCAUCGACAUUAGUGUCACGUCCGAUUUAAAGAACAGCACUAAACGCAUCAUCGAUAUCGAUCAGGCAGUUUUGGGUCUCAAUCGCGAAUACCUGAGUAAAGGACUCGACAAUAAGAUCGUCAAGGCUUAUUACCAAUACAUGGUCGACGUCGCCGAGUUUUUGAAUCCCAAUAUAAACGUAAACGUAGCCAAAAAAGAGCUAAUGGAGUCCCUACAAUUUGAGAUGAAACUUGCAAACAUUUCGUUGCCCAAAGAACAACGUCGCAAUGCCACAGCCCUUUACAACCUUAUGAGCGUGUCCGAGAUGACGCGCAGAUUCCCAACGGUUCCGUGGAAGGAAUACUUCAACACCUUAUUGGCACCCCAGCGCAUCGGCGAGGACGAAGUGGUCAAUGUCAAUGUGCCGGAUUUCGUGUCGAAGCUGGAAAAAUUGCUCGAACAAACACCGAAACGCAUCCAAGCCAAUUACGCUUUGUGGAGAGCCGCGGGAAGCUCCGUCACUUACUUGAACGACGAGAUCCGCAAAAAGCAGUUGGCCUACGUUACUGUUUUCACUGGUAAAACCGAACGCGAGCCUCGAUGGAUGGAGUGCGUAGGUGCCGUGACGAAAUCCUUCAGCUUGGGCGUCGGAGCUCUCUACGUGAAGAGGUACUUCAACGAGAACGCGAAGAAAAACGCCGUGGAGAUGGUGCACAACAUCAGGCAGGAGUUCAAAAAGAUCCUGAACGAAGUCGAGUGGAUGGACGAGGGCACGAGGAAGGCGGCUCUCGACAAGGCCGAGUCCAUGAGCACCCACAUCGCCUACCCGGACGAGCUGCUCGACGACAAGAAGCUCGACGAGUUCUACCGCAAGCUCGAGGUCACAUCCGACAACUACUUCGAGGCGGCGCUCAACAUCUCGCGCUUCGGCAACGACUACGUCUUCGGAUUGCUGCGCAAGCCCGUGAACAAGAGCGACUGGGUGUCCCACGGUAGACCGGCCAUCGUCAAUGCCUUUUACUCGUCAACGGAGAACAGCAUUCAAUUCCCUGCCGGUAUCCUGCAAGGAGCUUUCUUCAGCGACGACAGGCCCAAGUACAUGAAUUAUGGAGCCAUCGGCUUCGUCAUCGGCCACGAAAUCACCCACGGCUUUGACGAUCAGGGCAGUCAGUUCGACAAAGACGGUAAUCUUGCCGAGUGGUGGGCCAAGGCUACCAAAGAGCAGUACCUCAAACGCGCCGAUUGCGUCAUCAAGCAGUACAGCAAUUACACAUCGGCCGAAGCUGGUCUCAACCUCAAUGGAAUCAACACUCAGGGCGAAAACAUCGCCGACAACGGUGGCAUCAAAGAGGCUUACCUGGCCUAUAACGAGUACUUGAGGCAGACCGGAGCGGAGCCACGCCUGCCCGGCCUCAACUUCACCAAUCAACAAAUGUUCUGGAUCUCGGCGGCCAACACGUGGUGCAGCGUCUAUCGGCCCGAGUCCCUGAAAAACCGCAUCACCACAGGCCAGCACAGUCCGGGCGAGUUCCGCGUCAUCGGCCCGCUGUCCAACAGGGAGGAGUUCGCCAAAGAUUUCAAUUGUCCGCUUGGAUCGAAGAUGAACCCCGUGCACAAGUGCUCCGUAUGGUAGAAAGCUCCAAGUAGACUUGACCACCACCGAUAAGUCUAUGUAAAAAAGUUCAGCUCAACAUCGUCGAGUACACUUAUACACUUAUACGAGGCAGGUGUACAUCAAUCCAAGCAAAAAGUCAUCGUCACCAAAUUGAGAAAAAGCGAGAUUUACGUCCAAGCGGCUUGAUUGUUGAUUUUACAUAAUUUUAAGAUUUUCUUAUCAAUUUAAACAACCUUUGUUUACUUUUUUUAUUAUCAAUUUAAAUCGAUUUUUGUCAUAUCAUCAACCACAUUUAAAUGGUUAUCCUCUUGAAAAUCCAUUAAUCAGAGAAUUCAAGUUGUUUUAUCUAUGUUGUUAUCGAAAACACGUGCGGCACCCAAUGCUGAUAUAACAAGUAUUUGUCCAAAAAUGGUGCUACUAUUGCGCAAUGACUUUUGAACUUUUUUACGACCAUGUGAUUAUUAUAACAAUUUAUGAUUUUAAUUAUCGCCAGUGUAGAUCCACAAGCUUGAAAAACCAAGUGUCGAAGUAACUUUAAACGAAAUCGUGGCUAUGGUUUAUCUGGUAAUUAUUUCUAAUAACGUAAAACCGGAAGUACCUAGAACCGUACCAUAUAAAAUUUAAAUAAAAAAAAAGUGAAAAACAAAUAUUUACGACCUCAAACGCAUUUAAAUGAUUAACAGCUGAUCGUUAAGUUAAAUUUUGUUCACUGUUGCUGAAAAAUCCACUUGUAGAGAAUGACAAAAUUUUAAUGACAAAAGUUGUUAAAAAAGAUAGGUGGAUUUUACAAGCGAGAAGUAUAAAUAAAUCUCACGAGGUUUUCAUUGUAAUAUAUUUUGACCACUUAAUCAUAACGCUAUGAAACAUUGACGAAUACCAUCCGAGUAGUUUGCUAAGUAUGCAUAGGUGCAUAGUAAAAGUGAAGCGAAAAAAAAACAGAAAAUCCUAAAUGUUUAAGAUUUAACGAGUUGGUAGAUAUUUUAAGUCUAUAAGAUUGUUACAAGAGACGAUUGUCUUGGUUCCGUGUGCCCGUUAUUGUUUUUGUCGGACAUUUGAGAAUGUUUGAAUCCGGCAUGGAACAUUUAAAAAGUAUUUGUAAAUUUACAUAAUUUUAACGUCAUGCAUGCGGUCAUCGUAUGCAGAGUAAAAUGUUCACGUAGUUUUUUAAAAAGCUGUCUACAGUGUUAAAAAAACAUUAAAUGUGCAUAUGAGAGACGAUAAAAUAUUAUAUGUCUCGCCAUGAUAAGCGAUAUCAUACGAUUUUAGGUGUAUGUGAUACACUCCCCCUAACAUUUCAACAAAAUAUAUAUUGAAUAAUGUCAAUAAUAUAACAGAAAAGCGUCAAUUUCACAUGGAUGAUUUUACGCUUUUUUCUUUACCGAAUAUUGCGUGUUUUAAGAAAAAAGUAAUUCUUGAGGUACUUAUAAAUAUAUGUAAUACAUUGUAUUCUCUAUUAUAUGUAUGUGUAGCGAAACGAUAUGAUUAUAUAUAUUUUAGAUGUGGCAACGCACUCUUUGAAGGAUUAUCUGUGUAAUUAUACGAUGAUUAAAGUAUUGCGAGUUUAUAUAGAUUAUAAUACAUUUAGUUAUAAAUAUAUUUAAAUGUACCUACGUUAUUAUUUUUUAAUAAAAAGAAGGAAAAAACAAAGUAUAAGCCCACAUUGAAUAGCAGCAUAGU